AUGGCUGACCCAGCAUCAGCUCCGCCUGCCUCUACAAACCAAGGGUUGACAGAGGACCACAUCCAAGCCAACAAGGGCCCGGGGAUCAUCGCCAUUAUCACCAUAAUUGUUGCCAUCUGCACCGUCUUUGUGUUUGCUCGUCUCUUUGUGCGGACGAGGAUACUGGGGAAGCUGGAGGUGGAUGAUUGUUUGAUCCUUCUUGGAGCAGCAUGUGCAUGGAUUUGCGUCGGCAUGACCAUUACCUCCGUGCAUUACGGCUUCGGCAAACACAUGGACGUUCUAACGGUCGAUGAACAGCAGCAGAUGAUCAAAUGGACCUUCUUCAGCUUCACGCCCAGCAUCCUCGCCUUUACUAUCCCCAAGUUCGCUGUCGUGUCUCUGCUGACGAGGCUGCUGAACCCGAGCCGGUGGCACCGUAUUUUUCUGUGGGCGCUGGUUGCCACUUGCCAGGUGGCUAUCCUUGGUUGCGCCAUCAUCUUGUUUGCGCAGUGCACGCCUACUUAUGCGCAAUGGGACUUCUCCAUUACCCCCACUUCGCGCUGGAGCCCGUGGUUGUUGGUUAGGUAUUCGAUGGUUGCUGGAUGUUUCUCCGCCUUUACCGAUCUCUACCUCGCAGUAUACCCCACCAUCGUUCUCUUCAAGCUGCAGAUCAACAACAAGAAGAAGAUCGCUCUCUGCUUCGCUUUAGGCAUUGGAUCCGUCUCGGCAAUCGUAUCCAUCUACAAAUCCACUCGUUUGCCCUCUCUUGCCAGGCCUGAUUUCUCUUGGGAUACCACCGAUCUGGUUAUUUGGUCACUCAUCGAAGGCAGCACCAUAAUCAUAGCUUCCUGCAUCCCCCUUCUCCAACCCCUCCUCGACGUUAUCAUGGGCCGACGCACCCUCUGCAGCACUCCCCAAUCAGGUGGUUACAAGAGUGGUUACGGCCGUCACACCACCCGCGACGGCUACCACAAGCAACUGUCCAAGUCCGGCGACGUGGAAAUGCAAGCCGUCAGCGGCAACAAGCUCAAAACCAACACACAAGUGAGGUCGAAAAUAGACCCGGACGAUGAUCUUCUUACGACUGUUGUCGCGCCGGCCGAGUCGGAUACUUGCUCCGCUACUGGGGUGGGAGAUGAUAGUGGGUAUAGUCAUAACCUUUCCAAGGCGGAGAGUCAGGAGAGUAUUUUAGCUUUGAAAGAGACGGGACAAGGGCAGAAGGCUAGUGGAAUUGAUCGGUCACGGUCCUCAGCUGCGACGGUGACGGGGAUGGUGCUCAGUGGGAAUGGGACAGGGCCUGCUCCCACUCCGGCUGGAACGAUUAUGAGGACGCAAGAAGUGACGAUGACUGUUGAGACACAUGGCCCUGGUUGGUUUGAUAGGGGGAAUGGAGGGCAUGCAAGUGAUAUGCCUGCUUAUCCUGCUAGGACGGCGAGGUGGUGA